AUCAAAACAAAACAAAACUUCAAGUCACCAAGAAUCAAGUCCAGUCAUCAAUUUAAGACCCAGUCAUCAGUCCCAGAACUGGAAGUGAUAUUGCAAAUUUUGAAGGAAUUGUUCCAGAAAAAACGAGAACCAAAAAGAGAAACAAACAAGUGGUGAAGUUAUUUUUAAGAGAAAUUGUGAAAUAGUUUCUGCUGUGAGCAAAAUUACGACAAGUGCGUGUGUUGAGUGUGUCGUCUCCGUUCGUUCGUUGCUUAUAAAAACAAAGGGACCCAAACAUAAACGAACCAGUAUCAAACGAAAACAACCAGAGACCAUAAGAAAGAAGUCGGCGAGAAUUAACCGAAAACUAAAACGCAAUACAAUAUCAAGUUUUAUUUGUGAACAAGAAGUUUUAAACAAUAACCAUUAAAAUAAAGUUUUUAAAGAAAACCCGUCUAACAACCACACCAACGAGAAAAAUAGUCAUCAAUUAGUUUUUUUGAAAGUAUACCAGAAUAACAAGCCGUUCAACCAUGUCAUCAUUGAUGAAAUUCACCUACAAUUCGCCUAAUGGCAAGAAAAUCAAUGGCUACUUGAAGGAAUCCUUGGACAACUUUGAGGCCAUUAAAGCGACCAUCAAUCGUUCCCUGUUCCAGGAGCACAAGGAAAAAACUUGUGAAAUUCGCUAUUAUUGGAUUGAUCAAGAUGGCGAUGAAAUCGAUAUUGUCAAUCAAAACGACAUGAAUAUCUUUAAUGAAAUGUGCUUUGAGCGCCGUCAUUUGUAUGUCGCCCCCAAGCAGCCAUCAGCUAAUGAUAAGGAGGUUCCAGCCGUAAAUAAAUCACAGGAUGCCACCACCAAUGCUCCUUCGGUGGAGACUAACAUUCCUACUGCUACUGGUCCAACCAACGCUCCAACAUCAUCCGAUGCUGCUGCUGCAGUCCAUUUAAAUGUCGAAUGCGAUUCUUGUCUGAUGGCACCCAUUGUUGGUUUUCGCUACAAGUGCAUCCAAUGUCCCAACUAUGAUUUGUGUCAGCAUUGUGAGGCCAAGCAUGUCCAUGGCGAUCACAUGAUGAUACGUAUGCCCAACAAUAACUGUCCCUAUGUUGUGGAUGCCUGGAUAACAGCCGGUGCUGGCUGUGGCCGUAAAUUGGGUCGUAAACAUCAUCAUGGUCAUCAUGAAAAACGUUGGAAGAGCUCAACAUGUGCUGCUACUGCUGCUGGGGCCUCGACUACUGGCGAUGCCACUGCCAGCAAUGGAGAUGGCGAAAAAAGUGGUCGUAAACAUGGACGUCGCCAUGCACGCCAUAGCUUCCUGUCCCAUUUAUAUGAAAUGAUGCAUGAUUUGGCUGAAGGUGGUGGAGAAGCCGCCGCGGCCGCCGCAGCUGCUGCAGCAGCUUCUGCUCCUGCUGCCGAAGAAAGCACAAAAACGCCAACUGAAAAUAUUGUGAAUGAGGCCAUUGCCAAGGCUGCAGCCGAGGCAGCAAAUACAGCUGCCCUAAAGGCCCAUGAAGCCGCUGUAAAGUCAGCCGAGAUUGCGGCCAAAGUUAUACAUGAAACUAGCUUGGCUGCUGCAGCCAAGGAGGCCAGUCCCUCUUCUACAACAUCUGCUGAUAAACAAGAGGAAAAUAAAACAAAAUCCUCAACACCCUCUACCAGUGCCCAGGCCACACCCACCAUGUCGGCCACACCAUCCCUACAAGAUUUUGUGCAAUUGCUGGAUCCCAAACUGCUCAAAGGUGGAAUGGAAAUUCUGAAUAAUUUCAAUGAUAUGUUUGCUAAAAUGCUUGACCCCAUGGAUGGGGCUGAGGGUGGUGAAGCCUCAUGUCCCUUUGCUGCCAACCUAAGGAGAUCAUCCAACAUUUCACAGCAAUCGGGCAAUAGUCAAAAUUCCAUGAAUUCUUCGAAAACUUCAAACACAAGCACCACUGCUUCUAAAGCGCCCGAAAACAACAAGGCCGAGACCAAGAAGACCCCAGAAGAAGUAACAAAUGGCCUUUUGGAUGUCAGUGAUUUGGGUAGUGACAGUGAGAGUGAUAGCGUUUCGGAAUCAUUCAUUAAAUUGAAUGCUCCCUCCAAGGAGGCUAGCCCCGAAACUGCAGCAGGAGCAACUACAGAUGGUCCCUCAACUUCGGUAAAUGCCAGCACAAGCACAACACCACCCAAAUCGUUGGAUAAAUCCAAAGUUAUGGACUUUGCUCAAAUCAGUGCUGAUCUCAAGGCUCACAUUGAUAAAAUGGAAACGGAAGAACGUAAAGCGGACAGUGGUGAGGUUCCAGUUGAAAUGCGGGCUGUUCCUGUUUUCCCAAAGCCAGCCGAACAAACACAAACUUCCACACCCUCCAAACCCGAGGAGAAGCGUAAUGUUCCGGUUUAUCAUCAGGAUGAAUUCAUCAAUAGCUCGAUUCAUGCCAUGAUGUCCAUGGGUUUCAGCAAUGAGGGUGCCUGGUUGACACAAUUGCUGGAAAGUGUUAAUGGCAAUAUACCUGAAGCCUUGGAUCUUAUCUCGGCCACUCAGCGUAAAGGCCGUUAAAAGGAAAACAAUAAUUAAUUAUUUCGUUUUAUAUUUUUAAAAAAUAACUACGCCCUCGAUUUACAUUCUUAUAUAUUGUACUCUAGUUUGUAGUAAUUGAAAUGGCAUUUGCUGGAGCCUAUUCCCAAGCCAAUUUCUAUAUAUAAUCUAUUCGAUCAAUAUAACUAUGUGUAGUGUAAUUAGUGAAUAAUAUUAUGAAAAAAAACGUGUAUCUGUGUUACGAAAUCUCCCCCUAUUUAAUUUGGAGAAUAAAGCACUUGGAAAUUGAA